AUGACUGCAGGAGAUAGCGAUCCGCAUGAAGCCCGUUUCUUCACCAUGGCCUGUGAAAGCCAAGCAGACGGAGCUGAGAAACAAAGUCCCAUCUCCUACUGUGGGACCCAUGCAGAUGACAGCUCCCUUCACUGGGUGAAAGAGUUUCACAAUGGCCAGGUGCUUAUGGUUCUCACUGCUAGCAAUACCUGCUCUUCCACCUUCUUUGAUAUGGAGCUUUGUGCAGAGAAACUGAAGACCUUUGGAAUUCAGAUGACAAUGGAUCAGUGGAGGAAUUUAAUUCAAAAUGCCAUUCUGGAACCUGAAGUAAGAAGAUACAUGUUCUACAACUCCAGAGCUUUUGGGAUAGCCAUUGCUGUGAUUUUCUACAUCUCAAUCUGGGCAAAUAUUUACUCCACCAUGCAGCUGUAUUCCUUUGGGUGCCACUGGGAAGUCAGCAUUCUGGUGACGUUGGCUGCCAUAGCACUCACUAUAGUUGUUAUAUUGAUUAUUGACCAACAUCAAAGGAAGAUACACGUGAAUACUGAUGUGAGGCUGGCAGCUGCCAAUGAAGUCUUCAUGAAGCACAACUUACUUCUGGGGGUUGCAGAUGCCAUGGACAGACACCAGAACAUUCUACAGCUUUGCUUUGUCCAUUUCAACCUGGAGCAGUGUCGUCACUCCUUAGCAGGCUAUAUUACAGAACGGAAGAGAAACCACCAGUCAGCCCUGAGGCACAAUCUGGACCAGUUCUGUGUCACUAUGGAAACAGUGAUCCAGUCGGGUCAGGGAAGAGGAGAGGAGAGUUCGUCUGAAGAGUCGCCUCUUCUACCCAGUGACAAGAAAAGGACUCUGGCAUGCAGUGAACUGCUCCAUCUCAUUCCAGAGGGAGCUCCAGAGGUGAUGGCCCAGCAGCUGUUGGUGAUCUUCAGUGGCUAUUACAUUAGACUCUUGAUUAGUGGUCAGCUCCCUCAGGUCAUCAUGUUACGGCAUGUAGAACACAUGAAUAUUCCCUGCCUUUGCCAAUUCAUAGAGACGAAUGUGCUUGACACAGGACACUGUUGGUUCAAGGCCAGGUGA